UUCAGAACACCCAGAAAUGGUCUCUGCAACUCUAGGACCAAACCCUAACCCGAAAACCCCCAAAAAUGUGUACCACAUCGGAGGCAUCCAAGUGGAGUUCCCGUACCGGCCGUACGGGUCGCAGCUCGCGUUCAUGGGCCGGGUCAUAUCGACCCUGGAUCGCGCCCAGAGAGAGGGCCGCUGCCACGCGCUGCUCGAGUCCCCGACCGGCACCGGGAAAUCGCUCUCGCUUCUGUGCUCGACCCUCGCUUGGCAGCAGAACUGUAAGUCGAAGAAUCGGUGUGCAAAUCCUUCUCACUCGAAGCCUGCUCCGGAGGCGAUGACCGAUCCUCUGGCUUACGGCGGCGGAUUUGUUCCAGAAGUGGAGCCUUCUGGGCCAGAAAAUUUGGAGCCAGCUCAAUCUGCAGCAAACAACAAGAAUCAAAAGAAAAAGGCAACACCAACCAUAUAUUAUGCAUCGAGGACGCAUUCACAAAUUUCUCAAGUGAUUCGUGAAUACCGGAAAACUGCUUAUCGAGUGCCAAUGGCGGUUUUGGCAUCACGGAAGCAUUACUGCACAAACAAGCAUGUACGCGGGAAAGAGAAUAUUGAUGAAGAAUGCAAGUUGCUUUUGAGUAAUCGAGAAGUAGGAUGCCCAGAAUUUAAAAAUGUACAUAAAAUCAAAGGUCAUCCAUCCCUUCAGAAAGGAGGUUGCCAUGAGGCCCAUGAUAUAGAAGAUCUUGUAAAAGUUGGACAAGUUGUGAAAGGUUGCUCAUAUUAUGCAGCACGUGCUAUGGCAGACGAUGCACAAUUGGUUUUCUGCCCAUACAGCUACAUCAUCAAUCCAGUCAUUCGUGGAGCUAUGGAAGUAGAUAUUAAAGGAGCCAUUGUGAUUCUUGAUGAAGCCCACAACAUAGAAGAUAUUGCUCGAGAUGCUGGCAGCGUGGAUGUUGAAGAAGAUGUUUUGCAAAAAUUGCAGAUGGAACUAGAGCAACUGUGUGUGGUUGAUGUUUUAACUUAUCAACCUUUAUAUGAAAUGACACAGGACCUUAUUAAUUGGAUAGAGCGGAGGAAAAGUACAUUAGAAAAGCGUGGAUUUCAGCGUCAUGUCUCCUGUUGGACUGGUGAUAAGGCUUUAAGAGAGCUCCAAGAAGCUAAUAUUUCGCAACAGUGCUUUCCAAUCUUGCUAGAAUGUGCUGUAAAGGCAAUCAAAGCUGCUUCAGAUACAGAUUCAGAUGUAGCACAUUUAAGUGGGCUGUCGGUGAUGACCCUGGAAGGGUUAUUCUCUUCUCUAACUUAUUUUUUCUCGAGAAAUGGGUGUCACAUUUUUGAUUAUCAGCUUGCUUUACAGCGAUAUAUUAAAAGAGAUGCUGGAAAACUUAGCAAUUGGACACAUACUUUAAGUUUGUGGUGCUUGAAUCCAGCUGUUGUUUUUAGAGAUAUUGCUGAUCUUUCUUUGUCAGUCGUAUUAACAUCAGGGACAUUGUCACCAAUGAAUUCCUUUUCAUCUGAGCUUGGAGUUCAGUUUGAAACUUGUCUGGAAGCUCCGCAUGUAAUUGAUGUUGAAUCACAGGUAUGGCCUGCUAUAAUCUCCACUGGUCCAGGUAACUAUCCACUGAAUGCAAGUUAUAAAACAGCAGAUGCAUAUGAAUUUCAGGAUGCACUUGGGAAAUCUUUGGAGGAGAUUUUUAAGAUUGUUCCAGGUGGUUGUCUAGUCUUCUUCCCAAGUUAUAAGCUGAUGGAAAAACUAUGCAAUCGCUGGCAUGAAACUGGUCAAUGGUCACAGCUUUAUGCAGAGAAGUCCCUUUUUGUUGAGCCAAGAGGAAGCCAGGAUGAAUUUGAGCUUGUUUUGAAAGGUUAUUAUGACUCAAUUCACGAGGGCAAUAAGCCUGCUUUUGGGAGAAAGCGACGGGCUAAGAAAAUAAAACUUAGUCACUUCAGUGCAGCAGAGUCCCCAGAAAAUUCAAAGAAAGGAGCUGCAUUUCUUGCAGUUUGCCGAGGAAAGGUUUCAGAAGGAAUUGACUUCUCAGAUGAUAAUGCCCGGGUGGUUAUAAUUGUUGGAAUUCCUUUUCCCAACACAAAUGAUAUUCAAGUUGCAUUAAAGAAGAAAUAUAAUGAUACUCAUAAAUCAUCCAAAAGCCUUUUAAGUGGGAAUGAGUGGUACUGUCACCAAGCCUUCCGAGCUCUAAAUCAAGCUGCAGGACGUUGCAUACGGCAUAGGUUUGAUUAUGGAGCCAUCAUCUUAUUAGAUGAGCGUUAUCGGGAAGAAAGGAAUAAGGCAUACAUAUCAAAGUGGCUGAGGAAACCAAUUAGACAAUAUGACAGCUUUGAAAUUUCAAUAGAGGGAUUAAAAUCUUUUUUCAAAGAUGUCAAGGAAAGGAUAGGGAAGAAUACAGUAAAUAUUUUAAAGAAUUUUGACAUUAAUGAGGAAAAGUCUGAAAGUAUGAUCAUUAUGGGUCAAAGUAAGGGGUUUAGAAGAAAGGAGAAUCAGAAACUGAACAAGUCUGAUCGAGAAGUAAUUUCUGUGUCCAAUUAUGAUGCUUCCCUUUCCCUACUGAAAUCUCAAGGUGAUGUAGAAGUUCAGGCAUCUUUGAGAAUGGAUGAGGACACUAACAACUGUAUAGAAUAUAUUGAUGACCCUGAAUGCAGUUUUCAGAAAGAAUUAAGGUGCCCUGAGACUUUAUCCAUGACAUUCUCCCAUGAAGAUCCAGAGGUAUCUCUUGUCAAGGAAACCCCGUAUAUUACAGCUAGUCCAGGAUCCUUCUCGAAGGAUGAUAAUUCUAGUUCAACCAUAAUUGAUGCUUCUACUGAGUUUCAAGAUCAAGUAUUGCCUAGUUCAAUUUGUUUACCUAAUCCAGAAAAAGCUCUUUCUGGAACUCAGUGUCCAGUAGUAGUUACUCCUGAUAGGAAUAUCACUAUGAACACCUACAGCCUUAUGCCAGAAAUGGAAUCAUCUUUGAAUUUGAGCGUUAAUUCUCAUACUCAAAAAAGGAGAAAGUCCAUGGGAUCUCUGGUUAUUGACCUUACACAAGAUGAACAAUCUGAUGUCCCAUGUGCUAAAUCUCUUGCUUGUACUAGUUUAACGAGAAGCUCAAUGGCCAACAGAGAUGCAAAUCGCAGAAUUGAAUUUGGUUUUGAGUCUAAUUGUGCAGAGCAGAAAUCCAAAAAGUCAAAUGUUUCUCAAUCUCACUCAGAGAAUGACUAUGUUGCUUCAUGUGUGUCUUCUAUUCCUGUUAUGGAGAAAAGAUUACAAAUUUCUUGUUCCCACUGCAAAAGCCCAUUGGGUCUUCCUGAGAACCAUCUAUUUGUAAUGUGCUCGUUAACUUCCUCAUCAAAAGUUCACCUAGCAUCUCUUCUAAAAGAAAAAUUAAAACAUGAUGUGGAUACACCAAGCGUUCACGUUGUCAUGACUGAAACUUCAUCUGUUCAUCCAGAACUCUGCACUAGAACUAUUGAAAGUGCUCCAUCACAGGGUAUUUGGUGUGAAGAAGAUGGAUGUGUAUUCAAUACCAUUUUCUGUCCUUUCUGCAGUGACCCCAACAAUUUUCUUGGUGUGCAGAUUAUGGCAACUGACGCAUCAAAUGUUCAAUUACUUAAUAAGAUAUUGUUUUACCGUGAGCAUUUGGAAAUUAAGAAUCUUGAAGCAUCAAGGGAAAAGGUUUCAAAUGAAAAGAAUUUGUUGCCGGUCAGAAGCUCAAGCAUAGAGAAAAUAGCCAUCUUGGAUUCCUUUGAUAAAUUCUCAUACUCCCCAGAGCAGAACUCGGGAGGCUGGAGGACUACAAAAUCAAAGUUAAGACUACCGAAGAAAGACUUGCUUUCUAGUGCAAAGGGUUAAUGCUGAAAGCAUACAGGCCUUAGAUGGAAAUAUGAUUUUAUUGCACAUUAUCAGAUUGGGAAGAUGUGCUUCUCCACCCAAGAUGUUGCUUCUGGAACUUGACUUUCCAGUUUAUGAGCGUCCACUGCUGGCUUGCUUGUGUAGCUUUUGGAAGCUGAGGCAUUCGUUUACUGUGUAGUGUGUUUUCUGCUGCCCUGAUUCUGUGGUUUUUUAAGUGGAACAACUGGUUACCUGCAGCAGCAGCAAAGUAGCAAUCUUCCAAUGUCCCUAGAGGGGAGGCUAUUUGAGCUUACAUUUCAUGAGAAGUUGGAGCCAGUGGGAUCGGAUAAACUGUGGUGUUUCUGAUUCUAAUUUAAAUACUUUUCAAGGUCUGAAAUGGGCAUGCUCCCCAUCUCUGGUUAUGGCAUUAAAUUUAUGUUUAAUGUGGCCUUUUGCUUGUAUCAACAAAAAAUAGUCUAUUUCUUCCGAGGCAUUGGUUUUGUAGCACUUUGUAAUUAGUUUACAGUUUAAGAUCUUCAAUCGCAAUGAAGAUAAGAGAUUGUAGUAUCA